ACGCAAACAAUCAUCUUUUUCUUAUCUAUAAAUUUUUCGUCGACUUUGUUGACUAAAAUUUACCAAUUCAAACGCUGAAACUUCGUGUUCUACAACUACGUUUUGAGUAAUAGUUUCUUCAAUUUGGAACCAUUAUUCAUUAUUCGGUGUUUUAUUUUUGAGGGAUGUUUCCUUUUAAUUCGUUAAAAGAUUUCUGGAAUCUGAAACCAAGGGAUGAUGGUGGAGCAGCGUUACGGAGUCAUAGGAAUAAUUUUAUUGUUGUAGAGGACGCUUAUCAACGGUCUCCCACCAAUCAGCAAAAGCAAGAUGCUAGAGAGGCGUUACAGAGACAUCGUAAAAAUUUUGGUGCUGCUAAGCCGCAUACCAAUCAGCAAAAGCUGGAUGUUAAAAAGGCGUUAAAGAGACAUGCGAAAAAUUUUGUUGUUGUAGAGGAACCUUAUCAACGGCCACAUUACUUUCCUAACCUCCCCAAAGUUGCUUAUAUGCCUCGUACUAAUCAGCCGAAAGACCUCAAAAUACCCUUCCAUGUGAUAAAAGAUUGUACCCAAGACUUCAACGAAAAAAAUUUCAUCGCGAAGGGUGGUUACGGAAGGGUCUAUAAGGGAAUCCUCACCUGGGCAGAUCAUGUAAACCAACUAGUUGCUGUAAAACGGCUAGAUGUCUCCGGAUUUCAAGGCAGCAAGGAGUUCCGCACAGAGGUUACAAUGCUUUCAGAGUAUCAACACAAAAACAUUAUAAAACUUAUAGGAUUUUGUGAUGAUAACAAGGAGAUGAUCCUUGUUUACGAAUAUGCAAGCCAUGGAAGCCUUGACAAAUAUUUAAGUGACACUAAAAUGUCGGGUGGGCUAUCUUGGUCACAACUCCAUAAAAUAUGUAUUGGUGUUACUUAUGCGUUGGACUAUCUUCAUAACCACGUGGCUGAGAAACACAGAAUAAUACAUCGCGAUGUGAAAAGCGCGAAUGUGUUAUUGGAUGAGAAUUGGAAUGCAAAACUUUCCGAUUUUGGUUUGGCUAGAAUAGGUUUAGCAAAUCAACUUAACACCUUUGUGAUCACUAACCCUGCUGGCACAUAUGGUUAUACUGACCCACAAUACAUAAGAACAGGGUUUUUAACAAAAGAGUCGGAUAUUUAUUCGUUUGGUGUGGUUUUGUUUGAAGUUUUGUGUGGAAGGUUGGCGUGUGUCUCCAGUUACCAUGAUGAGCGGCGAUUCCUACAUCAUUUGGCUCGAACCUGCUACAAAAAUGGAGAGUUGGAUAAGAUUAUUGAUCAAAGAAUAAAGAAAGAUAUCAAUUCAGGAACAUUAAGCAUGUUUUCAGCUAUUGCAUAUCAAUGCUUACAAGAAACUCGGGAGGAACGACCUACAAUUGCUGAGGUUGCAUUCCAACUUAAGGAAGCGUAUAAAAUCAAACAUUAGUUUACACAAGUUUUCAAGAUAAGAAGAUGAAACCAUCCUCGGUCGAUUCACAAAAAUGAAUCUUUGGUGAGUCUUUAUAAUCAAGGGAGACAUGGAUGAAUUAAAUCUAAAGUAAAACUUCGGUUUUAUGGUUGUCUAUGGACUGUAUCGUUGAAUAAUCAUCUUAUCAUUACAAUUAAAAUUGUAAAAAAAAAAAAAAAAUUAAUGCAACCACCUUUAUCUGGAUAUGAAUAAAUGACUAUAAGUCACAUAUCUUAUGUGCAAAAUUGUAAUGUACCCAACCAUAUUGUCGGUCAGGCUAAAUAUGGGUCAAAAGUUGGUAGCAAUCUACUAUUUGAAA